UGGCCCGUCCAUCACUCCUCUCCUCUCUCCUCUCCCGCGCUUGGGCUUUCUUUCCCGAUCCGUCUACUCUCUCUCUCUCUCUCUCUCUCGGAGUACUAAACUAACUCCAAUAAUAAAUAAUAGUUUCCUGCUGGCUGCCGCCUACCGAUCACACUCCACUUCCAAAUAUGACCGAUAGGAUAGAAGAAGCCUGAACGAGAAAAGUUCAAACCGCUGCUGCUGCUGCUGCUGCUCGAAUCCCAAUUGAAGAAAAAAGAAAGAAAUCAUAUAUGACGAAGCAAAACGCGUGAAGACGAAUUCAAAAAGCCCACCCAGCCCAGGGGGUCCCCGAGAAGGUCUGCCCCUGCCCCUACUCCUGCCAUUUUACAGUCCCUCUCUUUCAGUUCCCUUCCCAGUUCCCAGAUUUCGCCCAAUCAUGCCACCCACCCUUCGUCUCCGUCUUCCUUCCUUUGCCGCAUGAUAUUUUUCUUCUCACACUGGUUGAAACAGUGCUACUUUCGCUCCCGGCUGCCUCGACCUGAUUUGAUUUUUUUUAUCUCGCUUUUCCGAUCUUGUUUGUUCUUGAUUUUUACGUGUUCAAGUUCGGAUACUCAUCAAUCUGCUUCUUCAGGCUUUCGCCGGCUCUCUUGUUUGGUUGCUCGGAAACCGCAAGAAAACAAAAACUUGUGGUCCGGACUUUCCGUAUCUGUCGUCAGUUUAUCGUGAAGAAUCACGUGGAACCGAACACCUUCCUCAAUCCUCACGGUUUAAUUCCUCUCAGAUGACUCAGUUUGCUGUGCCGUAAAGCAACACGCUUCUAGCGCACUUCACUAGUUAGGGCUUUUGGGUCCAACAAUGGGGAAAGCUGGAAGAGAUUGGGCGCAGAUCUAUGCAAUCUACGGCAUGGACGAUUGGCAAACGCCGGUGUUCCUCUUCCUCCACGCGAUCGUGUUUUCGUCGCUUUCCGUACUAUUCCUCCUCUACUUCGACCUGAUCUGCGCCUUCUUCGAGUCGCUCUUCCCGGGCCUCCCCGGCGGCGCCACCCGCUUCGCUGCCGGCUUCACCGGCUCCGUCACGGCGCUCUCCGCCCUAUGCCUCUUCUUCGCCGCCGGCAACAUCUUCUACUCCGCCGUGCCCCUCCACUGGGACAUGGCCCAGCGCAUGGUGGCCACCGUCCACGACUGGUCCUCCGUCAAGCACGCCCUGGACGUCGGCUGUGGCCGCGGCAUCCUGCUCAAUGCCGUCGCGAUGCAGCUCAAGAAGGCCGGAAGCUCCGGCCGGGUCGUCGGGCUAACCCGACCCGAACCGAAGACCACGGUCCCCAUCCUCCGGACGGCCGGAGCGGAAGGGGUCCAGGAGUACGUCACCUGCCGAGAAGGUGACGUGAGGAGGCUGCCGUUCGGGGACAACUACUUCGACGUGGUGGUGUCGGCGGUGUUUCUACACACGGUGGGGAAGGAGUUCGGGCAGCGGACGGCGGCGGCGGGGGCGGAGCGAAUCCGGGUGCUGGGGGAAGUAGUCCGGGUGCUGAAAGCGGGGGGUGUGGGAGUGGUGUGGGACCUGGUCCACGUGCCGGAAUACGUGCAGCGGUUGAGAGAACUGAAGAUGGAAGAAAUCAGAGUGUCGGAGCGUGUGACGGCCUUCAUGGUGAGCAGCCACAUGGUAUCAUUUCGGAAGCCCAGCCACGACGUCGCCGUUUCUGGCGAGGUGCGGCUUGAUUGGAGAUACAACAAUAUCUGUUGAAAAAAUAAGAAAGAAAAGAAAAGAAAAGAAAGA